AUGGAGCACAGCGAUAAGCAAUCCAUUUUUCUCCCGAUUCGUCCGUACGCGUCACGCGAGAUCGAGCUCACCCUGUAUCCUGGCAUCAAGGGUGUGCUGCAGGAGAAGAUACACGUCACGAACAUUCUCAACAUUCAGAACUCGAUCACGGUGACAAUCAAAGCAGUCGUGACGAAGGCAGUUACGUUUGAAAUCAGUCCUGACUCGUGGGUGUUCGAGAUGACGGUGCCACCGUCGGCGAACGUGACAUUGCCUAUGGUCCCAUCCGCGGCACCGGCUGCUUCCAGUAACGGGACAGAUGACCGCAUAGGUGGGAGUGGUGGCGGUGCAAGCUCAGGCACUGCGUCGAACGCGCGUGUGGGUGCGAAGUUCACCGUAACAAAUACGAGUAACUCGCGACGGCAAAUUAUUGCGCGCGUGGAACUCAGCAAUUCGAAUUCGGCGUCAGGCGUGACCGCGUCGAAUCCGUACCUUUCGUUUCCUGGAGUCAAAGUGGCGGUGCAGCUUGACAUGACACUGACGGGGGCCAGCUCCGGCUCCACGCGAAAGCUGGAAGAACAUAUUGAGAAGCUGGAACAGAAGCUGAAGACUUAUGUGCGCAAGAAGAAGACGGAGAAGGCGGAGAAUGCACGGCGGAAGAUUGAGGCGUACAAGUUGGCGCUGAAAGGUGAGGAGGUGGAUUUAACGGCGCUGGAAUCCGCGCAAUCGAACGCGCAAGGCGCAACCGAUCAUGAGCUAUCGGAGAGUGAAGAUGAGAGUAGUACAACUGCGCUGCAGGCGUUGAAGAGCAAAACACAGCAGAGCGAUGUGGUGCAGCUGCUGCGUCGCGAAGGCGUUGCGCUGCCGUCAAUGGGAGCCGGUGAAUCAGUGAUGGUCACGUUAUUCCUCGUGUGCAAACGCGCGCUCAACGAGUCAAUCCCGGUGUCGCAAUCUCAAACCAUGAAUAUGCUGUUUUACGAAGCGCAGGAUCAGGAGGCAAAUCGAAUUAUCCCAAUCGAUAUGAUUUUAAUGCGCACUCCCGGUGACACUCUUCCGCAUCAGCUGGCUGUCCCCGUCGACGUCGCUGCAGCCGCGCAGUUGUUGACUUCCGUGCCGUCAGUAGUCAACGCAACAAGUGCUCAAGGAAAGACGAGCAUCGAUGCGUCACGUGCGGACGUUGCGACCGACCCACUCACUGCACCCUCCACAGAAGCAGCGGCGAAGAGUACAUUUGUACCGUCGCGCGUGCAACAGGCUCGGCCACCCCCAUCCAUUCGCCUCGCCACGACAGGGGCUCUUGCGAACAGCGGCGGUGGUGGCCGUUUGUGCUCCACCUUCAUGGGCCACCCGUUGCUGGUCCUGCGCUAA